UCCCUGUGUUGUCUCUAAUAUGGGAAUAUCAGCACCACCCCUAUCCCAUUACCCUCCUUCAAACCCCCCUUUGCAUUGAUGCCUGCAGAGAUCUGGAUAAAAAUUAGGAAGAGGAGAAGGAAUGGCAAUGAAGAGGAUGGUCACGUUCCCCAGACAAAACGUAGCACCAGGAAUUCUGUCCUGCAGGACUCGUGGGACACUGAGAAGGUGGCUGUAACGAAACUCAGUAAGGAGCGCAGACUAAAAGGAAACAAAGUGUCCUGUGCGGUGGGUUUCUCUCCAAGGCUGCUGUGGCUCACUCGGCGUAACAGCUCGCGUGUCCCUCUGUGCUGCUGGGCAAGAGGGUGGCCAGUGCCUUUCCUGGCUCCUGCUGUCCUGCCAGGGCUCUCUCCCUCUCUAGACUUAGCAGCUUUAGGAGGAGGAGCUGGUUGCUCCUGUAGUUCCAUCUGUGCUUCCUCGGGAAUGACUCCCCCUGGGUGUUUCUCCUCAGGGCCCCUGGCUUGGCUUGCUGUGCUCCAUCAGAGCUGAAGCGUUUUUGGUGCUUAGCAAAACAGGGGGCUCUGGUAGGGCUGGAUGGUCGUGGUGGGUCAGUGCCAGGGGUUGUGGUCCACCCCAAACAUCCACAGUGCCUUCCUGGGCCUUGGACACACGUCAGGUGCAGUUUGCACCAUUCCUCAGAUUGCCUCCUUCUGGAUGUGGUGCUGACUGCAAAAUCACUGGGGACUUCUUGAAAUUCGUCCUCCUCUGCUGUGGCACAAAGCUUUGACUUCUGUGGCUCAAUACUUACAAAAACGUGGAGUUUUUUGCUGCUCUCACUUGCUCUGGAUGCUUGUGUGAAUUUACUUAUGGGAUGGCAGAGUAGCCACUCACUAAUUGACUCACCCAAAUAUUUGCAGGUCCUGACCAGCACAUCACACAGUAAUAAAAUAUUUCAGCUGCUGGAACCUUUCCUUAGCAGCCCUUAAAAUGCUGUGAGCUGAACAGUUUGAUGUCUUUGAACGCCUGAGAAUGAUGGCUGAUGCUCUUCCAGCCAUUCCCAUGAAACGUGGUUAUCCUGAAUGCUGGCAAAUGAGCCUUGGCCUCUCUGGGAGCCAUAUCCUGAGUUCUCUCUGCUGCAUGUGGAAUUUUUCAGUGGCUUUUGCUCUUUUACUGUCAUGUGAAUUGUCAUGGAAUUGUUAUGGGACACUACCAGUUCACACUGCCAUCCCAGUACUCCGCUGGGAGAAGAGCAGUUGUAUCUCUGUCAAGGUGUUCAAAGACUUAAAAUGGGUGUCAUGGUGCAUUUGUUUUUAACAGCUUCUUGCUUUGGAUGCUCCAGAUCUCACUUUAGAAGGGUUGUCUUGUAGGAAAAGGCUUUGCAUGAUGCUCCCGUAAAGCCUCUGCUACAACAGCAGUGCCAAACUCCAGCUCCCCCCUGCCCUGCCUGCCUGUACUGACACGUGCAGCUCCCUAGGACUGUUCUUUAUUUUCCAAUUCUCGGAUUAAUCCAGCAAACUUCACUAGUGCUAAUGUGGGUUCGGGGGCAGAGCUGAUGGGUUUAAACCAGAAAGACUGAAAUCCAACAUCCUGGAGGUCAGCGAACCCCGGGUGAAGGAUUGUCCCCUCAGCUCUGGGACGCUUGUGCUGGCAACAACAACCUGGUAAUGCCAGGGGGAUUUACUUCAGUCCAUCGGGCUGACAAGCCGGAGGGGAGGGGGUUGGCAUAAAGGGGCGAGGGCAGGAGAGGAGUGUCUGAUGUUGCUGUUCAC